GCCUCUACAAGAUAAAUAUCAGCCCUGCACUCCUGUCACGGGAGUCAUCACAGUGCCUGGCAGUUGGGGGAGUGAGUCCCUGGCCAGACAAAGCACCUGAGGUAAAGUCUGACAUUACAGUUAGAACUCCCUGUCAGAAUGCAGGUCCCUGUAUACACUGACUGAAAAGACAAACUAUCAGCCAGGCACAGCAGAGGGAAGUGAGGGAAGCUGUGAGACAGAGAAGCUGCCUGUGUGACUGAUUCCUGUCAGCGGCAGAGAGCAGAACCUAGCUACAGAGGAGUGACAGGCAAGAGAAGCAGCCAACAGCAGUAGGUUGAUUCCAAGACAGACAACAAUGCCGGAGACAUCUUGCUUUGUGAAAUUAACAGGCUAUAUUAUAGAGCUGUUGCAGAAGCAACUCCCAUCAGAUGUGAGUGACCUCAUUGACCAGAUGUACAAUGAGAUUAAAUACAUAGAGAAAGAUGCAAUUCGGGAUCUUCCUGAUGCCCAGAUAAAUGAAUGUGCCAUUAACUUGUGGAACUGGGGAAUUACUAAGAGGGUGGAAGAUGCCAUCACUGAGAAGGAGAGAGCUAUGGUGCGGCAUGUAUCCUGCAGGCUUUGUAACUGGUGUGAAGGUCCUAAACCAUCUGAGGAAAUUGUGCAAAGAAAUAUUUUGAUGGCCAAGAGGACUGGAAAAGGCUGGAUAGAUGUUGGGAAGCCUGAACUUGCAACUGGAUUUCUUGAAAUUGCAUUAAAUAGUCUGGAGAAGCUGUAUUCAAUGAUGACUCAGAGGAACACUCAGCAGACUGAUGUGAACAUACACAAAGUCUGUGUGGAAAAGGAUCUGUUUAAAGUGCUGACAUUUCAGGCAGAAGCUGCUGUGGCUCAGAAAGAUUUUGAAACUGCUUCAGCUAGGAUUCAGAGAUGCAAAGACAUGUUGCUGAGACAACCAAGCGAGGCAGUAUACCUAUCCAUACUGUGCUAUAAUUUUGGAGUAGAGACUUAUGAAGACAAAAUAUAUGAUCAGAGUUCCUUCUGGCUGAGCCAGAGUUAUGAGAUCGGGAAAGCAGAUAAGCGGUACAGCACUGGUCAUGAGAUGCAGGCCAAAGUGCUCAGACUGCUUGCCACAGUCUACCUGGAGUGGGACUACAGAUUGCAUCAAGACAAGGCACUUAGUGCCAUCAGGUUAGCUAAUGAGGAACACUUACAUCCAGCUGGCCUUUUUUUGAAAAUGAAGAUUCUUUUGCAUUGCUCUUUGCCUGAUGAUGUCAUUAGCAUGGCCGCUGUAGAAAUGCUGCGUCAUGAGCUGACUUUAGAUGUUUACCUGAACACAGUGAACCUUCUAAUAGAACAUACAAGGGAUUGUGUGGGAUUUGAUUUCCUCAGAAUGAUUUGUAAUGACUUUGAGGCCUCUCCUGACAUUGGUAAAGCACUCCUUCUGCAAAUUGAACUUUUACUGAAGCGAGGGAAGGAUUUGAUUGCACGACAGAAGGUAGAGGACUUAAUCACAGGACAUUACACAGGAAAACAGUUGUCGCCACAGACCUUGAACUAUUUGCACUUCAUCUUAUGGGAUUGUGCAGCCAAAAGCUUUGAGACCAAGAACUAUAUAGAAGCCUUGCAAUGGUACAACUAUUCUCUGAGCUUUUAUGCUUCAGGCCAGACUGAACUGAACCUUGCAAAACUACAGAGGAACCGGGCUUCCUGUUUUCUGCAUCUCAAUGAGCUAUCUAAGGCUAAGGAGGCAGUUAGAGAAGCUGAGAGAUGUGAUCCAGGCAGCAUCUUCACUCAUUUCAUCUUAUAUAAGGUUGCAAUUAAAGAGAAUAAUGUCUUGGAGGCUACAAAUGCUGUCUCAGCUUUUGGGAAGUUGGUCGCUCAGGCAGAUUCCAUAGGAUUAGCGGAGGAAAACUGUUCAUCUACUGACUUGCUCAGCCUGGCAGCACACAUAGCUAUGGAGAACAAUCAGAAGAAAGUGGCUAUAAAGGCCCUGGAGUACAUGGCUGAAAUCUCAUCAGACACAGAACAGAUCUUCUUUUCACUCAGAUGUUUGGUACGAUUGACUCUUUCAGUAGAAGGUGAAGACAAAAGUGACGCCAAUAUAGAGAUCCUGAUUUCUUAUUUGAAUACAGCACACAAGAAACUUGCAGAGCCUUCAAUGUGGAGUGGAAAACAUGAUAAACGCAUCAGUGAGGCUCAUUGGUUCAGGAAAGUUGGCUGGAAUUUGGCAGUACGUUCUCAAGACUCCCUGCAAAUGAUGAGAGACUGCUUCCUCCUGUCAUACAAGCUAUCCCUUUUCUGCCCUUCUGACAAAACAUUGCUAGCCCAAAAGUCUUGUUUAUUGAUGGCAGCAGCCGUGGACCUGGAACUGGCCAGGAAUGCCAUAGAUCACUCAGAGCAGGUUGAGCUUCUCAUCAAUUCAUUGGAUAAUAUUAAGCUGUGUCGGGAGAUAUGGAUUACCCUCCAGUCUGCAGAUGAUUUUCCUAAUGACCCUACUGAGACUCUUUUGCUCUUGUAUGAGUUUGAAAUCAGAGCCAAAUUAAAUGACCCAGGGUUGGAGACUGUGCUGGAGUCUGUGUGGGAGCUUUCCAACCUGGACACCAAGACCUUGGAAUGCAUUGCAGCUUUAUCCAUGGAAGCACCAGCAUAUUUUCCAUCUGUUUGCAAGAGAGCAUUACAGGGUGCAUUGUCUCUGCAUAAGAAGCAGAACACGCUUGAUGUGCCAAGACUAAGUAAAUGCCUACAUAGUCUGAUAAAGUUGAGUUUACCUGAGAGACCUGUGGAGCUGGAGAGCUGUGACCAAAAGGAGGCAUGGACUUAUUAUCAGGAGGCACUUACUAUCAUCUCCACUUGUGAUAAUUAUCCAGAAGCGGAGACCCUAUGGCUAAUGACUCGAGCUUGGAACAUAGGAAUUUUCCAGUACAGUAUGAAUAAACACACUGAUGCAGAGCGCUGGUGUGCAUUGGGCAUACGCCUGCUCAGUUAUUUGGGAUCUUUGAAGAGCAGCUAUGAAAGCAAGAUGGCUGGUCUCUACAGUGACAUACUAGACAAACUGGAUAAAGCAAAAGGAUCCCUGUCUGAAGAGUGACGGCUAGAAUAAUUACAUAUGUUUGCAUUUUACCUGCUACCUUUAUUUCUAUCCCUGCUACAGAAUGAUACUGCACUACUAACAAAACUGUUUAAACUCUCUUGUUACAGUAUGUAACAGCCUCUUAACAAUAAACCUGAUUGAUGUUA